AUCGGAAGUCGCCUGUGCUGCUCGCGAGUGGACGCUUGUUGUAAACAUGCGGUAACCGGACAGGAAGCCAAGCCAGCUGAACAGACUCGGUCCCCUUGUGUGCUGUGAAUCAAACUGGGAUUUUAAUGCCGACAGCCUCUGUGUGUGAUUUUAAACCGCUGACAUGGCUGAGGUGGACGCGAAUAAAGACGAUCAUAUUUACUCCGAAGAGGAUAGGCUUCUGUUUCCGGUGACAGGCUAUGGUUCGAAUGACUGCAGGGAUGAGUAUAGCAACCCCAGGCCGUCCCCGGUAACUGGUGGAUGGAUCGGUGCUGACCAAGAAGAAGCAUUGCGCAGGAAGUUAAAAUAUUUCUUCAUGAGUCCUUGUGAAAAGUACCAAGCCAAAGGCCGAAAACCUUUUAAACUGGUAUUGCAAAUACUGAAGAUUCUUAUAGUAACUGUACAGCUGGUGCUUUUUGGCUUAAGCAAUGAGAUGGCGGUGACGUUUAAAGAGGAAAACACAGCUUCAUUUAAACACCUUUUUCUCAAAGACUACGAUGAUUCAAAUGAUGCGGUUUCUGUUUACACACAGAGUGAUGUUUAUGACCACAUGUUUUACACAAUAGAACAGUACCUGGCUUUGCCAGAGAAUACAGUGGGCCGUUAUGCAUAUGUGUACAAUGUGGGUGUGAAUGGAAGUGCGCUCUCUCUGUGCCAGCAGUAUUAUAAAAAAGGCAGGAUCGAUCCAGCUAACGACACCUUCAACAUCGAUCCGCAUGUGGUCACAGACUGUAUUGGAGUGAACCCUCUGUCCACUCCCACAGCAGGUCUGGGCCGUGAUUACAGGAACUUCACCCUCAAGUUUUACAAGCUCAUUAAUGUCACCAUACAGUUCCAGCUGAAGGCUAUAAAUAUUCAGACCAUCAUCCACAAUGAAAUUCCUGACUGCUACACCUUCUUUAUCACGAUUCUGCUGGAUAACAAAGCUCACAGUGGUAAAGUUAAAAUCAGUCUUGAUAAUCAGGCCUCCAUUAAGGAAUGUAAAGACCCCAGUGUGUCUGGCCACGCUGAUAGUUAUGCUCGCGUGUGGUUUGAUGUGGUGGUUAUAGUGGUUUGUAUUUUAUCUCUGCUCCUCUGUGGUCGCUCUAUCAUCAGAGGAAUCAUUCUUCAAAAUGAGUUCGUGAAGUACUUUAAGAGCUCUCUGAAGCGUGAUGUCUGUUGGGGAGACACAAUGGAGUUUAUUAACGGAUGGUAUAUUCUGCUCAUCAUUAGCGACGUGCUCACUAUCACAGGCUCCGUCAUUAAGAUCGGCAUUGAGCUAAAGAACCUCUCUUCCUACGAUGAGUGCGGGAUCCUCCUGGGCACCUCAACGCUGUUGGUUUGGGUUGGAGUUAUUCGCUACCUCACCUUUUUUCAGAAGUACAAUAUUCUCAUUGUGACUUUACGAGCUGCAUUCCCUAACGUGAUCCGUUUCUGUUGCUGUGUGGCGGUGAUCUACCUCGGUUAUUGCUUCUGUGGGUGGAUUGUGCUGGGACCCUACCAUGUUAAGUUCCGCUCUCUCUCGCUGGUGUCUGAGUGUCUUUUCUCUCUGAUCAAUGGAGAUGACAUGUUUGUGACCUUCAGUGGCAUGCAAGAGAGCAGCAUGCUGGUCUGGGUCUUCAGUCAGGUUUACCUCUACACGUUCAUCUCUCUGUUCAUUUACAUGGUGCUCUCUCUCUUUAUCGCUCUUAUCACUGGAGCGUACGAGACCAUCAAGCAACAGACUAAGGAGCCUGUCCAUAUCACUGAUCUGCAUGCGUUCAUCGCUGAGUGCACUGACACACCCUGCUCUGGAAAGUUCCGCGGAAUCGAGACCUCGCCGUGCUCUUUCUUCUGCUGCUGUGACAGAACUACCACAUAUGAGGACGUCCUCCUGGUCAACUAGUCAAGGGACUUGAUGCCUGAAGACCAAACCUCCCUCUGUUGGUCACACUGUGGUACUGCAACAGUGGCAAUGUGAGGAAACCUCCAGACAAAAUACCCAAGAAGUCACAGUCGCUUCACUUCGGACCUUAUGUGGAGAAGAGCACAUAUGAAUAGCUCCAGUCUGGGAUAAUUUAAGUUUGACCUCAACUUGUUCAUAGUUUUAACUUAAUUCUGGAGGUUGCUAAAGGCAGCCCUGUACUGCCUCUUAAUCUAUUAAUCUAUACGGAAAAAACACUCAGUUGGGAGAAUAUCAGACUGAUAGCAAACUGCACACGUGCAGGCGAUAUGUACAGUAAUCAUUCCCUCAAUGUUGAUCCCACGUUCAUUCAGUGCACGUGCUGUGGUGUGCAAGUGGGUCGUCAGUCGCCAAUACUAGCAGACAGUGGUCAGUGAUUCAGAACUAUUGCUGUUUGUUCUGUUGGUUAGCUUUUAUGUCUUUGAGUAACGUCUGGACAUGUGUAAUGUCUGCAUCAGAAGGAGACUGAAAGCAUUUUGCUGCAGCAAAAGAUGAGGAGACCAUGUGAUUAAACAUCUUUUUAAAAACUAGCUCUUAUUCCGCAUUUAGAGCUGAUAAGCUCUAUUAAUAUCAUCUCCACCAACCCAUAACAAAAAUACAUGCUCUGCUAGAAUCAAUUCACAGCCCAGAAUGCCUCAGAAACAUAGCCUUAACACAUUUCUGGUGAGUAGAGCUGGAUGUAAUUCGGAAAGUAAUGACUUAGAGUUGUUUUUUUGUAUUUUUUAUGAACUUUUUACCAGUAAUGACACCUCCAUUAUUUAAUUCCAUGCUGAUUCAAUUUGUUUUAUAUACAAAAACAGUAUCAAAUGCAGACUGUAACGUGCAAUCUUGUUUCAUAAAUGAUAUUAGAUGGCCUUAACCUUGAUGAUUUAGUAUUUUGUCGAGAAACACAGACUUUUAUGACCACCCUUCAUCAGCUUUGUUUUAAAACAGAGGCCUUCAAGAAUGCUGUUAUAAGAUUACUGCUGAGGUCAUAGUGUCCUGUUACUAUUGUGACAUAUUAGACCCCUUGACCCAUCCAUGACUCUCACUUCAGAGGACAAACAAGCCUCAUUUUAUCUUCUCCGUUAUACUUGACUGAUAAGAGAAGGGAGAAUAAAUAUUUGAAUUCUGGGGCCUGUGCAAGCCAUUAAUUCAAGUGCAGAAUAAGUGGAACCGAUCAUAUUAUUUUGAUGUCAGCGGAUGAUGAUGAUUUUAUUUUCCUAUUAAUAUUUCUUUGUUAUUUUAAUGUGUAAUUCAAUCAUGUUGUAGUGUCGUGUUUUAUUUAUAUUGUGUUGGCUCUGAUGCCUUUCUGUUUCAAAUGGACUCAAUGCGCACAAUCUGCAAACAAACCACACUUUCUAUUACGAACAUGUGAAGCUACACAGGGAUGUUGUUCAGAGAAAUCACAUCACAUCAUGGGUUGUCAGAUGUAUACCUGAGAUAUUACAUAUUGCAUUUUAGCCUGAUAAAUUGUGGGUUUUCUGAUGUUUUGUAAUGGAAAAAUGUGCAAAUAAUUUGCUGACAAUGGCAGCACAAACAGUAUGUCGAUAAAAUGAUGUAGAAGAAU